AUGGCUGCUUUGGCCAAUCCCAUACCCGUCCGUCAUCAUAGCAAUACCUUUUUUGAGCUGCCUCACAAGAAGCGCAAGCAGCGACGUCUCAUGGAGCAAGAGCAACGGCAACGGGCUCUCCUCGAAGCCCAAGAGGAGUCCCGCUCCCAAGCAUUGCACUACCUCGUCGAGUUCCUCCAAGCUUCACAAUGGUGUGACCAGAUGGAUCACAUCACGGUGGUAUACGACGCCGUUCCGACCAUGGACGAGCUCCAAUCCUACGGCAGCCUGGGCGAGAAGGAAGGCACCAGGGCGUGUCGGAAGGUAUUCAAGGCCCCAGUCGUAUGGGACGAGCUGGGUCACGGGCUGUGGAAGGUUUUGAAAGCCCUGGCCGAGGAGAAGCAACGCGCACGCCCUGCUCUCCCAUCCGUGGACGAGGUCGCCAGGCGCGGUACUGUAUGCUGGGGGAAUUCAUUCGGCUCCCCGGCCGACGCGCCUCAAUCCAUCCCAAGGUCGAGACGCUCACCAUCCCGGAGAUCGUCCCAAGACUCGUGCACUUCCACCGCUUCGCAGGAGUCAGUGUCGCCUCGCAUGUCGUUGAGCUCAUCGCCAAGUCGCCAUGGGAGUAUUCCGAGGAUACUGUCCAUCAUCACGCCUCGCCGCAUGACGAACACGACCAGCUGA